AUGGUGAAAGCAAUCAAGACCGAAAAGUUUGUGACAUUUUUGUACUUUCUCCUUGAUGUUACCAAAGUUCUGAGAGAAUUAAGUCUACAGUUUCAAAGUGAUGAUCUGUUCAUUACUGAAGUCAGCACCAAGUUGGAGACAGCUCUAACAAAACUGGAAGGCCUCAAGGAUUCUGAUCCAUUGCCCAUAAGAGCAACUUUCCAAGCCAAGUUCCAGUCAAACUAUAAUUUUGAGUGUGGCCUCUUCAAAUGUGGAAAGGACAGUAAUCUUGAUGUUGUACUGAACAAAGGAAAUGCGAUGGGGAUGCAACAAACAUUUUCUAACUUUCUAACUGAUGCGAUUGCCUACAUUGAGAAGAGAUUUUCCAGCCUGUCUAAGCCCCCAAUGAAUUACUUUGAAGUAUUUGAUCCUACCAAAGUGCCAGGGGAGAAAAAGCUGAGAGCCAGUUUUGGCAAUGACAAAGUAGCUGCAUUAACUGAUCACUUUAAAAACUUGUUGUCUGAUGGUGAAAAGGAAGGUGCUGUUUUUCAGUGGCAGGAGUUGAAGAUUUACCUCUUCAAUCACCAAGCAAUGAAACCCCUUGAUAUCUACGCCACCUUAUUAUCGUCUAGGCCAGAUAGCCUGAAGCAUAUUCUUGUCAUAGUUGAACUGAUGCUUAGCCUCUCCCCUUCCACUGCCAAAUGCGAGAGGUGCUUUUCGGCUAUGAACAGGAUAAAAACAAAUUUGAAGACUCGAAUGGAGUAGAGAACCUUGUCAGAUCUGCUUAGGAUCAAGGGAAUGGACUGUGAAAUGAAAGACUUCGACCCUAACCCAGCAAUUGAAGCGUGGCUUCUUGGUGCUAAGACAAAGAGGCAUGCAAUGAAAAGAGUUCAUGAUGCACCAGUGGUUGUACCCACAGCUGGCCCAUCUGUUAGUGAGCCCUUCCAAGCUCUUCCUCCCUUGCCUGAGUUACCUCAAAUAGACAGCAGCUCUGACAGUGAUUCAGAGUAG